CUAAGACGAGUUGGUGCAGACGCUGCUCCUUCUGUAUACUGUCCUUUCCGUGUCAGUCCUUUGGUAUUGGUUGUUCUUUUAUGGAAAGUUGAAGAUAGUUACCAGGCUAUUGCAAUGUCGUCAAAGUCAAGAUACCCGUUAAGGUUGUUGGUGCUCGUGCUUGGGUGGAUUGGCGUGGUGUAUGCGGCACCUGUAGAUGUGGAGAAGAGAGCAAUCUCUGCAGACCUUCUCAACCAAUUAGUUUUCUUCUCUCAGUACUCAGCGGCUGCAUACUGUGCAUCAAACAAUAACUCCCCGAAUACCAAGAUUACUUGCGCUCAAGGGAAUUGCCCGCAAGUAGAGAGCGCGAAUACAAGUACACUUACUGAGUUUGAGAACUCCCUCAAAACGGAUACAACCGGCUUCGUCGCAACAGACACCACAAACAAACUCAUCGUAAUCUCUUUCCGUGGAUCGCGCUCCGUUCGCAAUUGGCUUGCCAAUCUCGACUUUCCCACUACCGGGACUAGCAUUUGCGAUGGCUGUGACGCUGCAACUGGAUUCUGGAACUCGUGGAGGGAAGCUGAAGCCGGGGUCAUGAAGGUGGUUGCUACGGCCAGACAGCAGUACCCCGAUUUUAAAGUCGUGGCUACGGGCCAUAGUCUUGGAGGCGCGGUGGCAAGUUUAGCAGCAGGAGUACUCAGAAGCCAGGGCGUGAACGUCGAUCUUUACACCUACGGCUCUCCCCGAGUCGGCCUCUCAGGCCUCGCAAACUUCAUGACAUCGACCUCGCACGGCUCCUCGUUCCGCGUCACCCACAAAAACGAUCCCGUGCCAAAGCUCCCACCAUGGCUCAUCGGCUUCCGCCACGUUUCCCCUGAAUACUACAUCUCCUCUGGCAAUGAUGCCAUGCCGACUGCAAACGAUAUAACGGUGUUCAUGGGAACUAAUAAUCAUGAUGGAAAUGAGAAGGAUACGAAAUUUGAUGUGAACGCCCAUUUGUCGUAUUUCGGCCCCAUCAGCGGGUGCGAGGGUGGCGCAGGGAUUGAGUUUAAGAAGAGAGAUGUUGAGGAUAUGCGGAAGGUGGUUGAGAUGCAGGAGUAGGUUUAGAAUAAGCAUUUACAUUCUUGGGUAUAUAUUGAUGAUAUCCAUUUUUGAAAUAUUCAACAUACGAUUCUACG